UCGGGAGGAAUGCCAAUCCACUAACCAAAUAAGCGAGCAAAAUGGAAAUACCUUUUCUCGUCAAGUAAGGUCAGGUGGUCUACUAAACGUCUUUAGUUCCGGAAUGUCUGUAGGGGUUUUAGAAUUUCUUCGGAGUUGAGCCCUAUGUUAUAAUUGGUUGAGUUUCCCCUCCUCCUAACCGGUGUGAGGAUGAACUGAGCACUCUGAAGGGGAUGGGUGAAUAGCAAAGGACGGAGCACCCACUUGGAUCUUAGAACUGGACAGAGUAAGGGCGUGUGGAAGAGCGUGCUUCAAAAGACUCGGCGUUGUUAUUAUCCACUGGGAAAACCAAGGACAUUGAAAUUAAUGACUGAACAGGUGUGCAGGCAGCAGCAUCACACAGGCACUCACUCGUAGGACAGGAUGCAGGGCGUCAGACUCAGGACAGAGGGCUGGUGUCUGCUGGUCUUCAUGGCACUGCUGGCCUGUACCCCCAGCCCUGCCCAGGGUCAAGUCCCAGCUCCACGCAGACUCCGCUUCAAACUGCUUCCUUCUGGAGGAUUAACCGUAACAUGGAAAGAACCAAAGGGGGAUUAUGAUGGCUAUCGAUUUGUAUAUGACAAUGUUCGAGGUGGAGAGGAGAACGAGCUGUUUGUGCCCAAAGGAGAGAAUAGAGUAGUGCUGAGUGAUAUCAGUCCUGGGAAGCAGUAUGUGGUCAGAGUUUUUGCCAUGAGUGGGAGGAAGCAAAGCAAAGCGCUUCAAGGGAAAUAUCCAGGUAAACAGCGAGAGCCGGAGAACGAGGACGUUCAGCCCCAGGGCCGCAGGGAGUAUGGCCCUACUGUGGACCUCAAUGAGAUAUCAGGAGCUGACCAGUUUGUAUGCGCAACCUCAUCCAUUGCUGACAUCGUCAUCUUGGUGGACGGCUCCUGGAGCAUCGGCAGACUCAACUUCCGUCUGGUCAGGAAUUUCCUGGAGAGCUUAGUGACUGCUUUUGACGUGGACAUCAACAAGACACGGAUAGGCUUGGCUCAGUACAGUGGAGAUCCACGUAUAGAGUGGCACCUCAACGCCUUCCCGACCAAAGACGCCGUGAUGGACGCUGUGAAGAACCUACCCUACAAAGGAGGCAACACCCUCACAGGCCUGGCCCUCACCUACGUCCAGGAACACAGCUUCAAACCAGAAUCCGGAGCCAGAAGUGGCGUUCCCAAAAUUGGCAUCCUUAUCACUGACGGCAAAUCCCAGGAUGAUGUCAUUCCUCCGGCCCAGAGCCUCCGGGAUGAGGGCAUUGAGCUCUUUGCCAUCGGUGUGAAGAAUGCUGAUGAGAGCGAGCUGCAGUCCAUCGCCUCUCCACCCAUCGACACACACGUGUACAACGUGGCCGACUUCAACAUCAUGAGCUCCAUAGUGGAGGGCCUCACCCGCAUCGUGUGUGAGCGUGUCGAAGAACAGGACAAGGAGAUCAAACGGGACUAUGUGCCCCCAGAGCCGCAGGGUCCUCCCCAGCGCCUGGUCACCUCUGAGGUGGGCCCGCGCAGCUUCCGCGUGUCCUGGUCCCCAGCUCCGGGCAGCGUGCAGAAGUACCGCGUGGUCUACCACGCAACCAGCAGCCCAGCCAACGUAGAGGAGACUGUUGUGGAUGGCAGCGAAAGUUCUGUGCUGCUGACCAACCUUCACGCUCUGACGGAGUACGCUAUCGCUGUGUUCGCCGUCUACGCCAGCGCUAGCAGCGAGGCCCUCCGAGGCAGCCAGACCACCCUGGCCUUACCCAUGGUGGCCGAGAUUGGUCUGGACGAUAUAACCCACAGCAGCAUGCGUGUGCACUGGAGGAGCGUGGAAGGGGCCUCUGGCUACAUGGUCCUGUACACGUCACCCACCCUGGAGGAUGUGGAUAAGACUGAGAUAAGAGUGCCAGAGUCAGUGACGGAUAUUCAGCUGACAGCCCUGAGUCCAGACACAGACUACAUGGUGAAUGUGUACGCCCUGUUCGGAGACGACACCAGCGACCCGAGGACCGGCCAAGAGACCACAUUGCCCCUAUCGCCUCCUCGCAACCUGCGGAUCUUUGACGUGAAGCACAGCUCCGCCAAGCUCAGCUGGGUUCCUGGAGCUAAAGACGCUCAGGGCUACCGUGUUGGAUACGUUGUUACUGGAGGAAUCCAAACAAAUGAGGUGGAGGCCGGACCGGUCACCUCCCUGGUGCUGAAGGACCUGGCUUCCCUGACAGAGUACACUGUUGCUGUCUUUGCCAUCUACGACGCGGGCCAAUCAGAAGCGCUGAGCGGGAGCUUUGUGACCUUGGAAGUGCCCGAGCCGCUGGACCCUGUGACCAGUGACGUGACCCCGGACAGCUUCCGCGUCAGCUGGACGCAUCCCGCUCAGGACGUGCUGCUCUACAAACUCGCCUGGGUCCCACUCGACGGAGGAGACAGCAUGGAGGUGGUUGUGCCUGGUGACAAGGACACGUAUCUGCUAACGGGGCUGGAGCAGCGCACGGAGUACGAGGUGUUCCUCUCGGCCUCCUACAGCGACGAGGUGGAGAGCGAGGCGGUCUCUAUCCUGGAAACCACAAUGGAUAGGUCUACUGUUGCCACACCAACAGAAGAGCCUCGUUUUGGUCUGAGUGAAAUUGUUGUGGAUGACGAGACAGCGUCCAGCCUGCGGGUGAGCUGGGAGACAGAGGACACGAAUGUGGAGAAGUUCAAGGUGUCCUACAGGAGCCAGAGUGGAGAUGUAGGAGAAGAGGUGAUGCUGGUUCCAGGUUCCCAGAGGAUUGUGACUCUGCAGCCUCUCCUCUCUGACACGGAGUACAGUGUGACCGUCAUCCCUGUCUACACGGAUGGAGAACACAGCAACUUCGCUCUCUCCUCCAGAGGAAAGACCUUGCCCCUGGCCGCCCCCAGCAACCUCAGAGUGUCAGAGGAGGGGUACGACCGCCUCCGCAUCACCUGGGAUCCGGCACCCUUCCCCACGGAAGGCUACAAGAUCUUCUACCAGCCCAGCUCAGACUCGGCAGCGCCCACUAUGACGUCAGUGGGUGAUGAUGAGAACACUCGGUUGCUGUACAAUCUCCAGACUGACACUGAGUACGCCAUCAAGGUCGUCGCCACGUACGCCACUGGCCAGAGUGAGCCCUUGAAGGGCACCGGCAGGACAUUGCGUCUGGCUGUGAGGAGCCUGAGCACGUACCAAGUGCGCAGCUCCAGCAUGUGUGUCCAGUGGCAGCCCCUUGCCCAGGCCUCCCUCUACAGAGUCUCCAUCGAGUCGCCACUCAAUGGGCACCGGCAGGAGGAGAGCGUGGCGGGGAGCGCCUCGCGACACUGCUUCCACGACCUCCUCCCCAACACCCAGUACCAGAUCAGCCACUACAGCCAGCUGCAGGGCAUGGAGGGGCCUGCGGUCACCACCACUGACACCACACUUCCUGCUCCCACACAGCCUCCAACCACACCUCCCACGACCACCCCACCACCCACCCUCCCUCCAGCCAAAGAAGUUUGUAAAGCUGCCAAAGCAGACCUUGUCUUCCUGGUGGAUGGCUCGUGGAGUAUCGGUGAUGACAACUUCCAGAAGAUCAUCCGUUUCCUCUACAGCACAGUCGGAUCUCUGGAUGUGAUUGGUUUAGAAGGAACACAGGUUGCCAUCGCGCAGUUCAGUGACGAUGCCAGAACUGAAUUCAAGCUCAACUCCCACAGUGAUAAACAGUCUUUGCUGGACGCCAUUCAGCGUAUCUCCUAUAAGGGAGGAAACACAAAAACAGGUCGGGCCAUGAAGCACGUGAAAGAGGCCAUCUUCACCGAGGAGGGCGGUCUUAGGAGGGGCGUACCCAAAGUGCUGGUCGUACUCACGGAUGGACGAUCCCAGGACGAUGUCAACAAAGUUUCCAAGGAGAUGCAGCAAGAUGGCUACAUCAUCUUUGCCAUUGGUUUUGCUGACGCCGAUUAUGGUGAGCUGGUCAAUAUGGCCAGCAAGCCUAGUGACAGGCACGUGUUCUUCGUGGAUGAUGUGGAUGCUGUGAAGAAGAUUGAGGAGCAGCUGAUUACGUUUGUGUGCGAGGCAGCUACUGCUACCUGUCCAUCCCUGCUGAUGAGUGGGAACACGUUGGCAGGGUUCCGCAUGAUGGAAAUGUUCGGCCUAGUGGAGAAGAGCUACAGCAGUGUGCAGGGCGUUUCCAUGGAGCCGGGAACAUUCAACAGCUUCCCCUGCUACCGCUUGCACAAAAACGCACUGAUCUCCCAGCCAACCAGAUAUCUCCACCCUGAAGGCCUUCCCUCAGACUACACCCUCACCAUGCUGUUCCGCCUGCUGUCUGACACCCCGCAGGAGCCCUUUGCAUUGUGGGAGAUUCUCGACAGCGACAGUGAGCCCUUGGUGGGCGUGAUCCUGGACAACGGUGGGAAAACACUGACUUUCUUCAAUCAUGACUACAAGGGAGACUUCCAGGCAGUGACCUUCGACGGCCCCGACAUUAAAAAGAUCUUCCAUGGGAGUUUCCACAAGCUACAUGUGGCCAUCAGCAAGACUGCAGCCAAGGUGGUGGUAGACUGCAAAAUGGCCGGGGAGAAGCCCAUCAACGCUGCUGGCAACAUCACCACAGACGGCGUGGAGAUGCUGGGUCGCAUGGUGCGCUCCCGUCAACGACGAGACGACUCCGCACCGUUCCAGCUCCAGAUGUUUGACAUUGUAUGCAGUACAUCUUGGUCCAGCAGGGACAAAUGCUGUGAGCUUCCAGGCCUGAGGAAAGAGGAAGACUGCCCUGCAAUGCCCCAUGCCUGCACGUGCUCCCAGGACAGCAAGGGCCCCCCUGGUCCAUCAGGUCCACCGGGUGGUCCUGGUAUCAGAGGUAUGCGAGGUAGUCAAGGAGAGCCUGGCAACACGGGAUCUCAAGGGCCAGCAGGAGAGAUGGGUCCCCCUGGCCCACAAGGACCCCCAGGCCCCCAGGGGCCAAGUGGAAUGUCUAUUCAGGGAGCUCCGGGAGCAGCCGGAGAAAGAGGAGAGAAAGGAGAAGUGGGCCCAGCAGGACCACAGGGUGUCCCUGGAUCACCUGGAUCUUCUGGACGCGACGGCCCACCUGGACAGAGGGGUCUACCAGGAAAGGACGGACCACAGGGCAGACAGGGUACAGGUGGACCUAUUGGCACCCCAGGAGCGCCGGGAGCCCCGGGGUCUAAUGGCCCCCCAGGGCCCAUGGGAGAUCCUGGAACAUCUGGACCUCCCGGUGUUAAAGGUGAACGAGGGGAACGGGGGGAUCUGCAAUCACAAGCAGCGGUGCGCUCCAUUGCUCGACAAGUGUGUGAACAGCUGAUCCAAAGUCAUCUGUCUCGAUACAACUCCAUCCUGAACCAGAUCCCCAGUGAGAGCGUGUCCGUGCGCACUGUGCCCGGGCCCCCUGGAGAGCCCGGCCGCCCAGGGCCACGCGGCCCACCAGGGGAACAGGGGCAUGCUGGGAGACCCGGAUUUCCCGGGAGCAACGGACAGAGUGGCCGGCCGGGAGAGCGAGGUUUACCUGGAGAGAAAGGAGAGAGGGGAAUCACAGGUGUGGGAACGCAGGGUCCUCGAGGUCCCCCUGGCCCUCCAGGACUUCCAGGAGAGGGUCGUACUGGCAGCCAAGGCCCCGCUGGCAGGCCCGGCAACCAGGGAACUCCAGGACGCCCAGGGACCCCGGGCAGCACCGGCCCGCCCGGCCCACCAGGAUACUGCGACCAGAGCGCCUGCAUGGGCUACAACGGCAGAGGUCAAGAGCAAUAUGAGAAUGACUACUGAGCAGCUCUCUGAUCCGCAGCUGCUCCUACUCCCUAGCUCUGUUACUCUUUUUAUACACACACACACACACACAGACACACACAGACACACACACAGACACACACACAGACACACACACAGACACACACACAGACACACACACACAGACACACAGACACACACACACACACACACACACACACACACACACACACAGACACACAACUACCAAGAUGGGGAUGCAUGGAAAGACUGUUGGUGGACGGCUCAACUCCAAACUCACCACCACUGACGUCAAUGCAGAUGCCCUCAUAGCUAUGAGACUUGUACAGUAUUUGCCUCCUCCAUCCGGUUAGCAGUGAGACUGACAGCACCGAGGGGUUGAGGUGAUGGGUGCUUUCGGUGAUCGACUGCUCUCCCCUGCAACGUCAUCUCCCAUCUGGUGCCUCUCUGUGCUCCUCUGAUCCUCUCCCGAGGACACCACCUCCGACUUCUGGCUUUGUUUCUGUGUUUCCUCGUAUACUCUUGCCCUAUGACCCCCCCGCCCAUUCUCACGAUGAUGCUGUGCCUUCCAUAUGUACCUGUCCUCUUUCUUUAUACCUGACCCAUUAACCCCUUCCUGCCCAACUAAAAAACACUGGUGGUGGUGAUCAGAGAUUGUGAACCAAACUUUGGACUGUUCCCAACAGUGCAACAGUUGUCACCCAACGCUUACCAAACCUACGGUGGUCAAGCUCCAGGCCAGUACCAAAACCAUGCUCCAAAUCCCUACCAGAACUACGGGGUCCCAGCUCCCGAUAACAAUUAUGGCCAAGGGGAUGAGGAAGAGGAGGAGGACCCUUAUGCCGGUUACCGCGCCUACCCGCCUCAGUACCAUCGGCCUAAUAACUACCCCGGUUCUCACGGCAGCGCAGGGGGACGGUCACCGCGAUCCCCACGCGGUGCGGACGGAGAGCGUGCCGGUGACGGAGCGCUGGACAAACAAGAGUGAAAAGCCCAUAAACCCAAACCCAGAGGAACCUCAUGUCCAUGCCCUGCGGAACCCUGAAAGUGCCUGUUAUAUGCAUCCUUUUUUAAUAAGUCCUUUGUUGUUGUUGUUGCUAAUGAAAGGAGGGGCAGAGUGGACACGUUGUCCUGGAGACAUAAAGGGGUGGGAAAAUACCUCCAUACUUUUUUAAUAUAAUGGUUGCAUGUAGCCAGGGAAAGCUUAGAAGGUAUGUCACUCUUAGUCUUUGUUGUCACAUUACUUUUGUAAAUUAGAAGAUGGGUGGCUGUUUGUCAUGUUCUUUGGCAAGACAUGGAUGGGAUUUCAGCUCUCCCAUGGUUGUAAAAUUGCAAAAUGUUUACAAGUGAAUAUAUUUAACCAUCUCUUUGGUUUGUGCAUUAGUGUAAGAAAUGUUACCUUCAGUGACGUUCUUUUUUUUUCUGUGCCAUUGUGGCGAUUAAGUUUCUUGUAGCAAAGAAUGACUUUUCCAAAAGAAAAUGAACUGUGUCAAAUCAUGUGCUUCACCAGCAUACCACCUCCCAUUCAUGUGGUACCAUAACUCAUUGUGUCCAAAGUAUUAUCAAUGACAACUUUCAUUUGAGAAUGUAGUAUUGUAGGGGUUAGUGUCAUGUAGUUGCUCAUUACGUGCCCAUUUUGUGUUCGUUCCUGGCAGGUGCGCUCACCCUCAUGGGUCUCCAGUGUCGGUGUCAGGUGAGGUGAGCACCUGUGUGUGUGUGUGUGUGUGUGUACUCCUGGCGAUGGGCCAUGUUCUCUGUAGGAGAGUGUGUGGAUAGUUAGGCCUGUGGUCUAGAGCCCUCUCCAAGGGAAAACUGCAGAAGAGCAGGUGCCAAUGGAGUCUAACCACCAAUCCUUUGAAAAAAAAGUAAUUUAUUUUUACUUUUGUUUUGUUUGUUUUGUAACCAAUAAAACUGUAAUACAACUGGA